AUGAGUGCUCGGUCGACUCGGCCUCGGUGUGGCGGUGUGACAACAUGGUCCUCCUUCAGGCGUAUUGCAGAAGACAGUGAUGACGAUCCAGCAGAUAUUCCCUGCCUAGAGAGAUCAAGCCAAUUGCCGAAGUACUUAAUCACAGAACGACCUCAACCGCAGAUCCAAGACAAUGCAAAGACGCGUCCACGACAACCGUUCAGGCCACGUAAAGAAUUGGCCAACCGAAAACUUACCUCGAACAAGUCUGUUGUGGAAAGCGAGCUCGCCAAGCAGUCUUCUAGUACUUUUGCUGUGCCGGCAUCUCAGAGAUUUUUCGCGCGGGCAAGUCGACCCGGUCGGGAUACUCGCACAAAUUUGAGCAAAGAGCAAAGCGCGCAGCCAAUUGAAACUAGCAAUCAAGAGAGCAUUUCGAAGGCUCGACCAGAUGCUGAGAUCGAACAACAGGCUUCUAUAGUGCAUCCUAAGCCAGGAGAACCGACUAUGCAUAAUGGACAGCCUGGGAAGUGGUAUUGCUUCAGUAAUGCUCCUUAUAAAGAGAAGGUCAAGCGGUCCAGGAAGCGAAGGCCAAAGAGGCAAACCAGCUUUCUGUCACUACCAGGCGAGUUACGAAAUGAGAUAUACAAAUAUGUCAUUCCUGAAUGUCGGAUGCUCAUCACUCGCAAUCGCCCCAACAAGGAACAUGAUCAACGGAAAAAGGUCUGGGCUGAACAAGAUGUCAAACACAAACGUCCUCGGCGUCGGCUCAGUCACCUCCUCGAUUCUGAUCAGAUCGGACAAGGCCUGGGAAUCACCAGAAACCUUCUAUUAGCCUGCAGAAAAGUCAGAAACGACGUCGAACUCUACCUUUAUUCUCGCACGACAUUUUGCUUUUCAUCGGUCAAUGUAUUAGCAAGUUUUCUUGACACAGCGUCCAAACCUGGCCUCAGAGCUAUCAGGAAGGUUGAGAUUCUUCACAUGGGUUAUGCAAAUCCCGAAUACUCAGCGCAUCAGAAAUAUCGUGAUAGAUAUUAUGCUCGAUGGUGCAAAACAUGCACCGCGUUCGGAGAUCAUGUCACAGGCCUCGAGCAUCUGAAGUUGGAGGUCCACGUACACGAUUGGCCAUACGAAAUAUCAGAGCGUCAGCCGAACCACAUCUGGCGUACGUCCUGUUUACGGAUGGUAUCUGACAAAAUUUCUAAAGUCGAGGUCAAACUUCACCAUAGCAUGAUCCAAGGCAAUACAAGAGUUCUCAGGGACCUGGCUCACGACCUUGAGGAUGAUAUGAUGACGCUAGAAGGUCGAGAAGAGAGAGACCGUCUUGAGACUUUGCAGGUCCUGAGAGAGUUGCAAGCAAAAAGAGAUGCUCUCAAGGCUGCCAGGGAAAGAGCUCGACUCGGCCGGGAACAAGCUGCGAAGUCGCCUCCAGAAUUGUCCAUUAGCGCUGAGGAACUCAAGGAGCAGAAGCCCACGGCGGUCAAAGUCUGCAAAAAGGGUCUGGAGAAAUACUCCCGGUUGGAUACCAGCGGUAUGAGUCCUGCUGCACUGAACUAUUUCAGAGAUCAAUACUGCUCGCAAAAACACAAGAUCCAAGCCACACCUUGA